CCUCUACUUCAGACACCCUUUCUCCUUCUAUCAUUUAGGAACGGUCCGCGUGACGUCACAAUGGUAUCAAAGCACGCACAGCCUCGUGGUUCAGUGAUCUAACAGUGGCACUCGCACCGGAGAAUCGGUCGGCCGGAUAUCUUGGUCGUCUGUAGCAAACAUCUAAUGUCGGACAGAGCAAAACUUGGACCCAUGUUAACUCCGUGACCACCACGGACAUGUCUGAAGGCACCAAAUUAACGGUGCAAGGAUGAGAUACCGGCGAAGUGUGGCUACUGUUCAGUUGUUCGCCAUUGUGGGCCUGAUGUUACCCCGUCUGCUAUAUACAGUAACUCCUGAAAAAAUAGUGAUACUGGGGAAAACACUCAGUAUCCCUUGUUCGCUUGAUACUCCAGGAAGUUCUAUUCAGUGGUUAUUGAAUGGUGAACCAGUUGUGCUCGAUGUGAGAACAUCCCAAAGACGUCAUUGGAAUAUAUCAAGAACAGGAGCGACUUCUUUAACCAUUACUGGUGUUACUAAAGCGGAUAAUGGCGUCUGGGAAUGUCGAGAAUUAGGUAUAGAUGGUAGUGUGCAUCGUGUGGCAGAAGUAUUAAGACUAGUCGUGGCAAUACCGCCGGAAGAUCCUUUCUUGGUAAUGGAAGGCAGAAGAUUAGCUCAUCAAGCAACUAUAACAGUUCGUGAACCGACUCGUAUAACUGUACAGUGCGUCGCAAGAGGUGCAGUUCCACCUGUACGACAUAUAUACUGGUUAUUAGGUGGCACGAAUGUUACUUCAAUCAGUGAACUGUUCGUAGAAUUUACUCCGGGUGACGAUGCGUAUAUCAGCCGAAGUGUAAUUGCAUUGAACGUAACGCGUAAACUUCAUAGAAAAGAACUGAUAUGCCACGUACACCAUGUUACUUGGUUAGAGUCAGCAGCCGUUAGUGCCUCUUUGAUUGUCCUGUAUGUUCCCUCGUUUUCUAUCACUCGGGAACCGGGCUUCGGCUUCCCUAUUUUGGAAGGGAUGGCUGUCUCCCUCAAGUGUGAUGUUGAUGCCAAUCCUGCCAGUUCUCCCAAAUGGAUAAAAGACGAUGGCCCCUUAGCCGUUGAACCGAGUCCUGAUGGAUAUCUCAAUUUCACUUCCAUUAACAGGAGUCAUGCAGGAUGGUAUAGGUGUUCUACCGAACACCAGUUGGGUACAUUUGCAUCAUUCGGGUAUUAUCUUAACGUUAGACUUUUGAUAUUAGAUGGCGGCCAAUAUGUACGUCAGCCAGCACCUGAAGUAGAAGCUGGCUUAGGAGAACCUAUUAAAAUGGAAUGUAUUGCCGAAGGAAGACCAGAGAUAACAGCCUAUAACAAGUCACUUAUGGCAAUUGCUGGAAGAUCUACCAGUCUAGCUGUCCAAUUCUGUGCCAAUCCCCGUCCUGUAAGAGUCCAUUGGAUACUGCGCCAUCUUGUGCUAAGUCCAGGAGAUAAAUACUUACCAUACAUUGCCCAUAAUAUAACAGAAAGCGAUAGUUCACAUUGCUAUAGAACAUGGUUGGAAAUAACUCAGGUGAAUCCAGAAAGUGCUGGCGAAAUACUUUUUCUGGUGAAAAAUAUCCGAGGUAUUCAUGACGCUCUGUUUCUUCUGAAUGUUACUCAAGCGAGUUUUUCCGUUUCAAAAGGUGUGUAA